AUGUCUGAGAUUUGGCUUUUUGUCAUCAGCUUUGCCACUUUGCUGUGCGCCACCGCCGCUCGGCCUCCACAUAACUAUCUGGAGAACCACUUCACCGCAGAGAACGAGUCGGAGGAGGUUCGUUCCGCAGCUAUCAAAAGACUUCUGGAGGUUUUUGGGAUGGAGGACCCCCCUCUCACCCGGGGCCACAAGCAGCCGCCUCAGUACAUGCUCGAUCUGUACAACACGGUGGCUGAUGUAAACGGCGUGACCAAGGACCCCUAUCUGCUGGAGGGGAACACUGUCCGCAGCUUCUUUGACAAAUUGCGCAGUGAGCAGGUUGAGUUCAGGUUCAAUCUGUCCACGGUCGCCAGGAGUGAGAAGGUGCUCACUGCAGAGCUGCAUCUCUUCAAGCUGAGGCCUCAAGCAUCAGUGUCAUUCAACAGACAUCACUUCUGCCAGGUCAGUGUUUAUCAGCUGCUAGACAGCAGCAAGCUCAACAUCACCCAGGAGAAGAAGCUGCUGUCUUCUCGGCUCAUCCCCAUCCACUCCACUGGCUGGGAGGUGUUCACCAUCACACAAGCAGUCCGCGCCUGGAUGGCAGAUGAAGGAAGUAACCUGGGGCUUCAGGUGGUGGUUCGGACCCUGGGGGGAAGCCAGAUGGAUAUGAAGCUGGUCCGCUUUGCUUCAGGACGCAGUCAUCAUCAGAGCAAGCAGCCCAUGCUGGUGCUCUUCACUGAUGACGGACGCCGCUCUGCCACUCUUGAGAGCAAAGAUCCAAAUGAUACCCCGGCCUCUCCCAGCCUGCCUCAGGUCCCCAUGGCAGGUGGUGCCUCCCGCAGCGCCCGUUCCCUGGACUACAGCGAUGAAGAUGGUGUGUCAUUGCCCUGCCAGCGCCUGCCCCUCUAUGUGGACUUUGAGGAGAUCGGCUGGUCGGGCUGGAUCGUGUCUCCACGGGGUUACAACGCCUACCACUGUAAGGGCUCCUGCCCCUUCCCCCUCGGUCAGAACAUGAGGCCAACCAACCACGCCACUGUCCAGUCCAUCAUCAACGCCCUGAAGCUGACCAAAGGCAUCGAAACGCCAUGCUGUGUGCCCGACAAGCUCUUCUCCAUCAAUCUGCUCUACUUUGACGACGAUGAAAACGUGGUGUUGAAGCAGUACGACGACAUGGUUGCAGGAAGCUGCGGCUGCCAAUGA